AUGGGACACAGCAGCUGUGCUCAUGCUCGGCUCGAGGACAUUGGUUUUGACUUUGAGCUGACCGAAGAGGACGUCCAGAUCCUCCGCUCAAAGGGCGAGCUGGCGGGCGAGGUCGACGAGUUUAACGAUCGCAUGUGGCUGGAAGUCGAUGACCACGCUACUUGCCAUCCUGACCAUGAAGAUCGCCGCAUCAGCGACCUCGAUUCCAUCUCGUUGCCGGCGCCGCGGCCCAAGAGGAGCUCGCAGCUGGCCCUCUUGCUCGGGUGGAACUACUCGACAAGAGCGCAGAUGGGAAAGUACGCAGCGGUGUAUGGGAGAUGUGGCUUUGGCAAGAGGCUGCUCUUCACUCCAACGCUGCCGGAUACGUACGGCGUCGAUCGCGCCUGCCGCAUUGCUCACAAGACUGUGGCGGCGCUGGCAGCGCUCGUUGACGACGAGCCGAAGACCCGUGCUGUCAUUCACGUCUUCUCCGGCUCGGUCUACAUCUACAUCCGCAUGCUUGUCAAGCACGCCGUCGCUGGCGUCGUCUUUGACUCGACGCCCAUCGACGCCUCGGCUGCAAACGGGACCAACGCCGUCAUGGAGGUCUCGUCGCUCCCGCGGCUCGCGUGGGGCCCGCUCUACACCGUCUUCUGGCUGUACUGGAACGCGGUCAUGCCGUUCAACGCCUGGGUCGGCAAGUGGAAGUCGCGGUUCUGGACAUCGAUCUUCCCGCGCCCGCCGCUCCGCGCCCCCGUCGCCUUCUUCUACUCGCCCAGCGACAACAUCGCGCCUGCAGACUUUAUCGAGGCCCAGGCCCGUGCCCUCGUCACCGCCGGCCUACGUGCCGAGCUCUACCCGGUCCCGCCCACACCAGACGGUACUCGGGUCCCGCCGCACUGCACCCACCUCAUGCUCCAUCCAGAUUGGUACGCCGGCGCGCUGGAAACGUUCCUCGGCUCGUUGGAUGGGCUGGAGCUCGACCACUUUGUCCGAUCUCGACUGUGACUGCGGGAGACCGUAAAAUGAGGAGAAG